AUGCAGAAGGCCCUGGAAAAGUCCCAGAACUUCCGGAUCGACGCCCUCCUAGCUGAGGAGCCCCCCAGGCCUGUGCCGAGCGCCUCCCCCGAGAGCUCCGCGGGGAGUCCCGGCUCUUGCGCGCGGACUGAGACGCCCUCUCCUCCGGUCGCGCCUCCCAGCCUGGCUCCUCUGCCACCGCCCGCCGCCGCCUUCAUCCCCAAGCCAGGCUUGUUGAACUUGCCCCCGCCGCCAGGGCUGGGCGCCCUUCCCGCCAUGUACCCGCCCCCUCUCUACCCUCUCCCGGCUUUGACCGGCCAACACCCUGCUUUCCCCUACGCCGCCGGCUUCCCCCACCUGCCUCAGCCGAGCCCAGAGCAUCUGAAGGCGGCCGCGGUAGCCGGCUCCCUCCCGCUGGAGCACUGGAUUCGAGCCGGAAUCAUGGCCCCCCGCUUCCACGACUUUCAAGCCACCCCACAGUCUGGCCUGAUGGGCAAAUGCCGCCGACCCCGGACAGCCUUUACCAGCCAGCAGCUUCUUGAGCUGGAGAAUCAGUUCAAGAUCAACAAGUACUUAUCACGGCCCAAACGCUUUGAGGUGGCCACAUCACUGAUGCUGACUGAGACACAGGUGAAAAUCUGGUUUCAGAACCGUAGGAUGAAAUGGAAGCGUAGUCGGAAGGCCAAGGAGCAGGUGGUGCAAGCUGAGGCUGAGAAACAGAGGGGUGUGAGCAAGGCCUCGGAGAAACUGCUGUCUGGAGAAGUGCACGAGCAGGAGGAGGGAGAGGAGAGUGGUGGCGAUGAAUUCACCAGGCACAGCACCAAUACUCCACUCCUGCGCCACAAUGCUGACAACUUCAGCUACAGUCCAGAUUCCUCGUGCUCAGAGGAGGAGGAGGUUGUGCAAAGCUCUACUCACAGGGAGAUAAGCUUGCUGUUAUGAGCGGACCAUCAUCCCAGAAGCAGGGCAGUGAGAGCAUUCCAGAACCAGCAGAGAGAACCAGCUCUA